GCACAUGGGUUUGUUUAGAAAUUGUUCGGAAUUUCACUGCACUACGAAUGAUUGCUCGAAAAUACUUUUAGAGCGAAUUUUAAACAGUUCCUGUUAAUUUUUUUUAGAUCAAUAUUUAUAUAGUGAAAGUUGAGCAUGGCCAAAUUUAUAGCACAAGCGGUUGUUUUGGGAGCUCAGGUUAUUAGUCGGGCAUUUGCUCGAGCCCUUAAGCAAGAAUAUGCAGCAACACAAGCUGCCGCACAAAAAGGUGGUGGUAAUUCAAGGGCGCAAGCAGAAACAAAUAUAAAAACUGGGAUCACAUUAGAAGAAGCUAAAAAUAUAUUGAAUGUACAAGAGCUUGAUCCAGAAUUAAUCAAGAAAAACUUUGAACAUUUAUUUUCAGUCAAUGACAAGAGCAAAGGAGGUAGUCUGUAUCUCCAAAGCAAAGGUAUAUUGUCCUCUUGGCCAACAAGAGCUUGUGGGUAUAUAUUGCACGAACAGCGUUUCUUCUCAGUGUUAGCUUCUAGGGAUGUGUUUUCAGAAUCUUCCAAAGAGCAAUUCAUUAAAUGUAUGAAAAAACUGAAAAUAGAUUUUGUUACUAAUAAAACAGCAAGAGAAGCAUCUGUAUUAAUUCCACUAUGCAGAGUAAAGGAAGAACCUUCUGUGUUAUUAACUAUGCGAUCUGUGAAAAUGGGUAGAAACAAGGGUGAUGCUAGUUUUCCUGGAGGAAUGAAAGAACUUUCUGAUAAAAAUUCCAUUGAUGUAGCUUUGCGUGAAACCCAGGAAGAGAUUGGUUUAUCAUCAGAUGUUGAAAUAUGGACUAAAAUGCCAACUUUUCCAUCAAGAACAGGGAGUAUUACAAUUACACCUGUAGUUGCUUUCAUUGGAGAUAUACGUGUGGAAGAUUUUAUUGUUAACAAAGAUGAAGUAGAAUACGUUUUUGCAGUGUCUCUUGAAUCUUUAUGUGAUCCAACCAAUAAUUUUUACACUCGUUACAAACAUGGUUAUGCUAUGCCAGUAUACAUUGUGGGUGAAUAUCGCAUAUGGGGUUUAAGUGCUAUGAUUUUACAUUACUUGCUAAAGUGUUUAUUACCCGAUAGUUAUAAAAACUCUUUACAAGUUGGUGUGUUUCCUAGGUUAAAAAUUAAUCACUAAUUAUGCUAUUUUAAUAUUCAAAAAAUUAUAACAUCCUACUCAUAAUAAAUUAUAACCUGAAAAUGGAUGAGAUUCUUUUUACUCAUGAUUGUGUUUAUAGAAUUGAUAUGUUAUUAAGAAAAUUAAAAAUUAUUUUUUUAUGUCUUUUCAUCUUUAUUUGUGUUUGGGGUGAGGGAGUAUUAAAACAGCUUUACUUUGAGAGCAAAGUUAGCUAUGAUUAGUUUUCCAGUAUCUUGUAAUACAUGGUAUUUUAUGAUACAUGUAUUAAAUUGUAAUUCAUUGGUGAAACCAGUAUAAAAAAAUUUUCAUGGUGAAUAUGAUAAUCUUAGAAAACUCAUUCACUGCAUUGAUUAAUUUUCAGAUUUUCUGUAAUAACUGAAAAAUGCAAAAAGAAAGUCUCUCUUUUUUUCUUUUUUUCAAUUCAUAAGUUGCUGCCACAGCUGCAU